AGACUCGCAGAACGUUGGCAGAAGAGUGGGAUAAGUGUUGGAGUAAAGUUGUGUGGCGCAGUUAUCUGCUUUUAACAAUGACGUAAUGGAACAUACAGUAUCAUUUUCCUUUAUUUUAAAAACAAAGUGAAUAUAAAAAACGUUGACUAAAUUUUCGUCAAAUUGAUACAGUAUUAGAAUCGGUAUGAAAUUAUAUAAUUGAAUUUAACGGAGCAUUGUGCGUCAAAAGUGCAUUUGACCCUGCUGUUGACGAACAUCUUCUGAUAGCAAUUAAAAAAGACAAUGUCAGCUUGUUCUGAAAUGUUAUCGUGGAAACUCUUUAAUGAAACAGACGGUUUGCCCGUUGCAUACAAAACAUUAAUGCUGGAAUUCGUACCUGGAUGGAUUUUUACCUUCGAAUAUCUGCCAUGGUUGUGGGCCAUGUUUGGUUCUAUGCUUAUCGGGCUAAGCGGCGUCCUCCCGCUAUUAGUUAUUCCUUUAGAUGAAUCUGUUAACUUGAAAAGUGGAGAAAGCGCAAAUCUUCUGAAAACCUUAUUGAGUUUUGCUGUGGGAGGCUUGCUUGGUGAUGUAUUUUUGCACUCUUUACCAGAAAUAUGGGCCAAUGACGCUGCCAAGAAUGGUGGACAACCUUCCAUGUAUUCAGGAAUAUUACUUCUCAGUGGCUUAAUAGUAUUUGUGGUGGCAGAAAAAUUAUUUUCUGUAAUAACGAAAUUGAGCGAACGAAUAGAGAAUCAGCCUUUAAAGUUAACACCUGAAGUCCUAAACAACAACAUAAAAGGUUACGAUAGCUUUUUGAGUAAGGCUGAAGUAACUGAUAAACGAAAUAUUACUGGUUACCUAAACUUAUUGGCAAAUGCGAUAGACAAUUUUACACAUGGGUUAUCAGUGGGCGGUGCUUUCUUGGUUUCCUUAAGGUUGGGUUGUCUUACAACAUUUGCCAUAUUGGUGCACGAAAUCCCCCAUGAAGUGGGAGAUUUUGCAAUUUUGCUCAAAUCGGGCUUUACAAGAUGGGAUGCUGCGAAAGGUCAGCUAAUUACAGCGGGCGGUGGCCUCGUAGGUUCACUCUUUGCCAUAUUUUUCAGUGGUGCCUCAAAUUCUCUUG